CAACCUUUUCAUAUGAUAAUACUAACAAAAUUAGAACCCAUUUCCACAUCUCAUAUUGCAUACUGUAUUUCUUAGAGAGAAAGUAGUUUAUACAGGUUGCAUCAUAGAGAGAGAAAGUAGAGAGAGAGAGAGAGAGAGAGUCCACAUUUUGGUGAGGUGGAGGCAUCCCUUGUGGGUAGAGAGUUCCUCAAUCUCUCUCACACACGAACACACACACACAAUUCUUCUUCUCUAAAUUCUCACACACUUUAUACAUUUGAGGUCUUCACAAUCAUCUUCUUAUUCUUUUCUUUCUAGCUCUACCAAAUAUGACAGACAGAGUCCACUCCUCAGCCAAGCCCAACGGCGCCGCCCCCGCCGCCCGCACCGCCACCAAUGGCGCCACCAACCCACCACCGUUCCCGGCCACUAAAUCCCAACUUUACAAUCCCACGCGCCCCCCUUACCGUCCCCAACCCAAUUACCGCCGCCGCAGCCAGCGCCGCCGCGUGAGCUGCGGCCGGUGCUUCUGCCUCUGUUUCUUCUGGUCUCUCAUCCUCCUCACCGCCCUCCUCCUCGUCGCCGCCAUAUCCGGCGCGGCUGUCUACGUCCUCUACCGCCCCCAGCGUCCCACAUUCACCGUCUCCGCCCUCCGAAUCGGCCGCUUCAACCUCUCAACCUCCUCCGACGACAUCACCCACCUCACCACCCUCCUCAACCUCACCCUCUCCACCAAAAACCCCAACAAGAAACUCACAUUCCUCUACGACCCAUUAACCAUCACCACCAUUUCGAACCAGGUCUUGAUCGGAAAUGGGUCUUUCCCAUCUUUCACCAGUGGCCCAAGUAACAUCACCUUCAUUCGAUCAUCUCUCUCCAGUGUCUCGCAAGUUCUGGAUGCAGAGUCUGUGAAGUCUCUGAGAUCGGAUCUGAAGAAGACGAGCAGUGGGUUGCCACUGAAAAUUGUGAUGGACACGAUGGUGGUGGUGAAGAUGGAAGGAUUGAAGAGCAAGAAAGUGGGGAUCAGAGUUUCGUGUGAAGGAAUUCAUGGGCAGCCUCCAAAAGGUAAAUCUCCGUCGGUUGCUUCAACCUCUAAUGCUAAAUGUAAGGUUGAUCUUCGGAUCCAGAUCUGGAAAUGGAGCUUUUGAUCUUAAAUAAGUACUCAAUAUAUAUAUUUUUUUUUGGGGGGGUUUGAUAGUGAAGUAUUUGAGAAAUUGAGGUUGUUAUUAUAAUUGAGAAGAAGAGGAGGGGUAGGAUUAUAAUUUUUCUUUUUUUACUUUUAUGUUUUGGUUCUAUAUAAUGAAGCUUGCAUCUUUCUGCUCAAUGAAUUGUAAUAUGAAAGAAUUAUUUGGGUUCAUAAUUGAGAUUUUCUCCAUCUA